AUGGAAACCUUAUGUGUCAAAUUACCAUGUUCUUCAGAUACUUGCAGCAUCUCACCACCCUCAAAUGGUGAAACUCAAAACAUGAUGAAUGCCACCAAACUGAAAGAGAAAGCAAGUGUUGAUGAUGUACAUGAGCACCCAAAACCAUCAGGGUUUCAUCUUCCGCUCGGUGAUGAAUCGGUUGAACUCAGACUUUCCAGUAUGAUAUCAUCACCAAAGCCUCAGCAGCAAUCAUCAAAAGGUAGGGCUUUUACGUGUGGUUUUUGCAGCAAACAGUUCUCAACUUCACAAGCACUGGGAGGGCAUCAAAAUGCGCAUAAACAAGAGCGUGCAAUCGCCAAACGACGUAAAGAGAUGGAUGUAGGGGCGUUGGCUCCUCAACAGUAUCCUUUCUAUUCAUAUUCAACCCUGUCUCAAGGCUCUUUGUAUGGAUCUUUUAAUAGGUCUCUUGGGAUAAAAAUGGAUGCCAUGAUUCAAAAGCCUCCAAUUUCGGGUUACCCUUGGAACUCCCUCGGCUAUCGUUUCGGCCAUGGCGGAAUCGUGAUGGAUGGUUUACAGUCUCAGAAGAGUAGCGUUUUGCCUACACCUGCUUCAACUAUAGCACCAAAGAAAUGGACAAGCAGUAUUGAUUUUCAUGUAUCUGCAAGUGAGGGUUAUCAUCGUAACGAUGCUGCUGAUGAUGAUGAUUCAGGGCUUGAUUUGUCUCUUAAGCUUUAG